AGAGAAGAGGCAGUCUGUUUUAGAAAGUAUCAUGCAAAUGUGUCAUAAGAUUAAGUAAAUCUUUCUAAUCAAUUUUCAGGUUCUAGAGUUCAAAGUGGGAUCCCGAACUAUGUCAACAUUCCGCACCCAGGCAACCCCCAACGGCAGCACGUCAAUGGCCCCCACUUUCCUGUUGGUGGGCAUGCCAGGCCUGUCAGCUGUACCCUCCUGGUGGACAAUACCCCUCAUCACUGUCUACUUUCUCUCUGUCUCGGGCAAUGGUACUAUCCUCUGGAUCAUUGCCCUGGAGCCCAACCUGCACCGCCCCAUGUACUUCUUCCUCUUCCUGCUUAGUGUGUCUGAUGUUGGCUUGGCCUCAACUCUGAUGCCCACCCUGCUGGGUCUUGCCCUUGCUGAUGCUCAUGCUGUCCCUGCCUCAGCCUGCCUCCUACAGAUGUUCUUUGUCCAUGUCUUUUCCGUUAUGGAGUCCUCUGUCUUGCUUGCCAUGGCCGUAGAUCGGGCACUGGCCAUCUGCCGCCCUCUCCACUACCCAACACUUCUCACCAAUGGCGACAUUAACAAGAUUGGCCUGGCCAUUGCUUCCCAAUGCCUGGGUCUCCAUCUGCCCCUGCCGUUCCUCCUGGCCCACAUGCCCUACUGCCACCCACAAGUCCUGACCCAUUCUUAUUGUUUGCACCCAGAUAUGGCCCGUUUGGCCUGCCCAGGAGCUUGGGGUGCAGUUUACAGCUUCUUUGUGGUCCUGUCAGCCAUGGGAUUGGACCCCCUAAUUAUUUUCUUCUCCUAUGGCCUGAUUGGCAGGGUAUUGCAAAGUUUGGGGUCCAGUGAAGAUCGUUGGAAGGCUUGCCAAACCUGUGCUGCCCACCUCUCUGCUGUCCUCCUCUUCUAUGUGCCCAUGAUCCUCCUGGCACUAAUUGACCGUCUUAGAGUGCCAAUCCCUCAGCCUGCACAUACACUUCUCUCCUAUGUCCACUUCCUGCUUCCUCCACUGGUAAACCCUAUUCUCUAUAGUGUCAAGAUGAAGGAGAUUAGAGAGAGAAUUAUUAAGAGGUUGUACUCCAGGAAGGUGGGUUGUGCUUAGUGAGGAGGAUAUCCCUCUACAUUUGGUGGUUCAAGGCUAUCGGAUGCAAAGGUUACUAUGACUGAGAAAUCAGUUCACCAUCCAUGAAAUUGUCACUCGGGUAAACAUAAGCACACAUUCACAGAUGUAUCUGCUUGUCCCGAGAAGUGCACAUGUAUUUAUCGAUGAAAGCUUACAAGCCCCAGAGAAUGACAGUGACAUACCCACCGUAACACUACAGAUCUGUGGGACAGAAAGAGCCAGAAUUUAGGUCUUGUCACAACGAUCGAAGUGUGUGUCUGUUGUUUUGUUUUUGUUCAUUUCUCCACCACAUCUAUACCCUAAUAACUGAGGAAACUGGAGGAGUUAAUCAGCUACACAGUGAAGGAAAGAGAAGACAGAAAUGUUCUCAUCUAGACAGAGGACCUUCAACUAGUGUUGGAACUUCAUAAGAAGUAGAAAUUCUGGCUUAUCCAUGGGGAUUGUAUAAA